AUGCAGCAAAAUUUAGAACUGAAGAUGGAGACAGCUGUGCUGAACCUGUGGGGUCUGUAUGACCAGCUUGUGCACCAGGCUGAAGUUCUGAGUGAAGGCAAUGAGGCUCAGUUCAUUCAGCUGGCAAAGAACUUCGAGGAAUGUCGUCAGAAGUGGCAGCGAAUGGAUCACGACCUGGGCAGGUCCCAGGAUCUCCUCCGGAAAACCGAGGCCGAGCGCAGCGCCUUGGAGGUGAAGCUGAAGCACGCCCGCAACCAGGUGGAUGUGGAGAUCAAACGCAGGCAGAAGGCUGAGAGGGACUGUGAGAAGCUGGAGCGGCAGAUCCAAUUGAUUCGGGAGCUGCUCAUGUGUGAUGGCUCUGGGAGCAUUCAGCUGAACGAGGAGCAGAAGUCUGCCCUGGCCUUUCUCAACAGGCCACAGACUUCUCUUGGAGGUGCAGGCAACAGCAGGCUCUCAACAAUAGAUGAAUCUGGCUCAAUCCUGUCAGAUAUCAGCUUUGACAAGACUGAUGACUCACUGGACUGGGAUUCCUCCAUGGUGAAAGCUGUGAGGCUGAAAAGGAGAGAGAAGAGGCGCUCCUCCAGGCAGUUCAUUGAAGGUCCCCCAGGCCCAGAGAAGAAGAGCAGAACAGUUGUCUCCACAGCAGACCAGGGGAAUGAAUCCAUCAUAGCCAAGACCACUGUCAUGGUCCCCAACGAUGGGGGCCCAAUUGAAGCAGUUUCUACUAUCCAGACUGUGCCUGGCCCUCGGAGAAGCCGGAGGAAGAGUGGCCCUUUCCAGCCUCUGAGCAGUGAGUUAAACAUCUGCAGCCAACAGCUGGAAUCCAAAUGUGAGAGUGAGAGCUGUGGCACCCCCCAGCACAAUGGGGGGGUGAGGCUGCACGACUUCGUGUCGAAGACGGUUAUCAAGCCAGAGUCCUGUGUGCCCUGUGGGAAGAGGGUGAAGUUCGGGAAGCUCGCUCUCAAGUGCCGAGACUGCCGCCUGGUGACUCACCCCGAGUGCCGCGAGCGCUGCCCCCUGCCCUGCAUCCCCACCUUGGCAGCCACCCCUGUGCGCCCAGGAGAGGGGACCCUGAUGGACUUUGUCCCUUCUACUCCUCCAAUGAUCCCUUCCAUCCUAGUGCACUGUGUUAAUGAGAUUGAGCAGCGAGGGCUGCAUGAGACUGGCCUCUACAGAGUGUCUGGCUGUGACAAGACUGUGAGGGAACUCAAGGAGAAGUUCCUCAGGACGAAGAAUGUUCCUCUGCUCAGCAAGGUGGAUGACAUCCAUGCCAUCUGUGGCCUUCUCAAGGACUUCCUGCGCAGCCUGAAAGAGCCUCUCCUGACCCACCGCUUGAACAAGGCUUUUAUGGAAGCAGCAGAAAUCCCAGAUGAGGACAACAGCAUGGCUGCCAUGUACCAAGCUGUUGGUGAACUUCCUCAGGCCAACAGGGACACCUUGGCUUUCCUCAUGGUCCAUCUGCAGAGGGUAGCUCAGAGCCCAGAUACCAAAAUGGAUGUUGCCAACCUGGCCAAGGUCUUUGGCCCUACCAUCGUCGCCCAUGCGGUGCCAGAUCCUGACCCCAUGACGCUCCUGCAGGACACCAAGAGGCAGCCCAAGGUUGUGGAGUGCCUUCUGCUGCUGCCUAUGGACUACUGGAGCCAGCUGAUGUUGGUGGAGCAGGAGAACCUGGACCCAGCACAUGUGGCUGAGAGCACCAAGGCCUCCUCCUCCCCACGGACACCAGAUGUCAAAGUGAGCAUGCUGGGACCCCUCACCACCCCAGAGCAUCAGCUCUCCAAGACCCCCUCCUCCAGCUCCCUGUCCCAGAGGGUCCGCUCCACCUUCAGCAGAACCACCCCCAAAUUUGGCAGCAAAGGGAAACCAACACCAACCCAGCUUGGGCACCAGGGCACCUUCUUUGCCUCUCCUUGGCUGAAGUGA